CUAAACUUCAUUUUUUUAGAAUUGCAAAAUUAUGUAAACAAAUAUGGCCGUAUUCAUCACUGACAUUAGUUGUGACGUCAUCCUAGGGAUGGGCCGUUGAUGAACUAUAUCGAGAAUUAACUACUACUAAUCGAAUUUUAUAUCAAUUGUAAAAAAAAUCACUUUACUUAAAAACUCACUUCUAAGUUGGCAACACUAAUCACACAGUCAAAAUACGCGCGAUAUUAACUAUCUACCUCUUUCUGUUGCAUAUUAAUUAAUACCUAUCAAAUAACAUUUUUUUCAUUUGUAUCUGUUUGUUAUAAAUUAAAAGAGUACUAAAAAAUUUAGGCAGUACUUGUUAACGCAUUAUCUUUUUUUAACAUAUAAGUACGUAACUAACUAAACAGCGCUAUGAAAAAAUUACUUUAUUCAAAUUACUCAAUUACGAUAUCGAUACUGAACGGAAUACAUUCGAUAUUUACAAUCGGUAAAUCGUUCAUUUUUAAUCUGUGGUGACAAUUUUACUUGGCACAACCUUAGAGAGACGAAACGUCAAAUUAACAUUUAAAUGUAAUCUGUGUGCAUAAUUUCGUGUUUAAUUUCGUUUAUUUCUAAAAAUUUUGAUUAAACCCUGUGUAAAUUAAAAAAAUGUUACGUUUGUAUGAUUCUCCAUAGGUGGAUUGUAAAGAACAAAGUGUUUGUGCGUGUUUUAAUAGUUUGAUGGUUCUGAAAACUGUUAUGAAAGUUUGGCAUCGACAAAAGGGUUUGUUUAUUUACCAAAUAGCGCAAUUCAAUCUGGACAUGGUAUACCUAUCUGUUGGUGAAAAUCUGUAGUUUUAAGUUUAUUGCGAAAGGAUGUAGAGACAGACAGACAAACGCGGCGAAGAACACUGUUAUAUGUUACCUACAUACAAGUAGAUAAAUAUAAAAGGGAGUCUAUUGACAAUUAUGCAUGUUUGUUUGACAAACUCGCUUCAAGCUUGUCAUUUUGACAAAAGUCAACGCGAUGUAGGUACAUAAAAUGCCGGCUCCACAUUAGCGCCGCGAAUUCAUGCGCGAAUUCUCGCCAUGAAUUCGCGGCACGGGUCUAUACCCUCCAUAUUCACGUGAUGUUCACAAUCGUUUGAAACCCGCCGCGAAAUGGACGUAGAAUUUGCUGCAACAAUAAGUUUGUUUGCUGUAUCACUAUACCACAAUUUAGAUGGGCCUUGAAUGUGGAUGAGUAUGCGUGAACGCCGCGCGAAGGACGCGUGAACCUUUUUUCACGGGACAAAAUACCGACUCUGAUCGAGGAACAGGCGUAAACGUGCGUGAAGUGCGAAACCCCGCGAAAACCGUCCACAUUCACGUUCGCGCUUGGUAGCUUCACGGCACUGAUGUGGAGCCGGCAUUAUUCAUCGCUAAGCAACGUAAUUUUGUUUUGAAGAUUCAAAACAAAAUUGCAAACUAUCGCAGUUUAAUUGAGUUGGCAAUUUUAACUAUAAAAAAAUAGUAAAUACUAUUUUCGUCAACUAUUGCUAAACAUAAUAUUUAUAUUAAGUAUUUUGUCGAUUAAAUAAUUCCCAUGGCCCAAAGUGCUGAAAAUGUAGGUGACUUGGAAGAGGAAGAGUCUGUAUACGACCCUAAAGUCAGAUGGGCGUCUCCGCAACGGGUAGACUUCAUGACGUUCGUGGGCAGAGACGUGCUGGCAGUGGCUCACGACAUCUACAUCAUCUUUUUACAUCUGAAGCAGGAGACUGAGUUGGUCUAUGUCGCUAAUAGCAAACAAACUGGAGAUGGAGUCGAUGUUAUUUCAGGACACAAAUCACAUUUUUUUGCGUUCACGGAAAAGACCAAAAAUCCUAGAAUCUUCGUCGUCUCCUAUCCAUCGUUUUCUAUCAUGUCAGAAUUAAAAGAUACAGACGUGAACCGCUACAAAGGUCUAUGCGUAAUGGAGUCCGAUAUGAUCGCGGCGUUCAGCGGCUUCCCCAACUACCUGAUAUCCGUGUGGAGUUGGCGCUCCAACCAGCGUCUCCUCUCCAUACAGACGGACGUGGUGCGACGGGGACAGAUCUACAUGGCAAGCCGUAGUCACGCGCUAAUAUGCCAGUGCUGGGGCGAGGGCCUCACUGUGUGGGAGGUCGCGCCGUGCUACAAGCGCUGCCUCAUGAUGAAGCGCUCCAAGCAUGAGGCCUCGGGUUGGGAGGCCUCGGACCCCAAGCUGGCGGCGGUCUGCUGGAGCAACGAAGGUCAACUGUACGCUAUCGACGACAGGGCCAAUCUUUACAGUUUAUUAUCAGAUGGCAUAGAUAUGGUGACGAAUUUGGAGUGGUCAGAAAAUAUAAAGGGUUCUCGCAAGACUUGCAUGUGCUCAUUUCACAGCGGCAUUUUGAUAUAUGGCCCUGAUAAACAGAUUCGGAGUCUAAAAAAGGCUGAGAAUAAAUGGAUUGUGGCGUGGAAGUACAAACCUGAGGACGAGGUGUUGCGCCUCGUGUCCAACUCCUCGUCCGAUGUGGCCGUCGUGUGGACGGAGAAGGGCUUCGUGUACAAACUCACCGGCGAAUCGGAGGACAAAAUCACCGUCAAGUUGUUUACAUUCAAGCAAAGGAACAUAAAGAAAAUACAAUUAAUCGCCCCUACAUACAAAUAUCUUGCGGCGAUGAGCAAAAGUGGUGUCGUGUGCAUUUACGAAGUCAGUUCAGCGAAACUGGCUCUCGUAAAAUUCGUAAAGGGGUCCGACCUCUGUUUCGAAGCUAGUCCAGUGGAUCCUUUAUUGAUUAUAUUCGGCGAAGUAGGCCACAACUAUGGUAUGGGACUGUUCGCGCUCGAGACAGGCAAAAGUUUGAAGAAGGUCGGCGGCAUGAGUCUCACCAACCAGAUCGUCUCAAAGAUUGUGUUUUCCCCCACGGGUAGACAUGUCUUAGCUGCUGCGAUGUCGGCCGGUCAUAUCUUUAUUUUCCAUCUGAGCACAGAGUACAAGCUCGAGUUGGUUCGGUACACGGAGCUGGGCCGCGGGCUGGCGGACUGCUUCAUGAUGAGGGUCGGUGACUCCAUGCGCGCCUUCAGCCUCGUGCUGUUCUCCGACAAGUAUGCUAUCGGCGAGCGCAUAAUUUGCGUGAACGCGGAGACAGGCAAGGACAACAAGUUCGCCGGCAAGAUGGCGGGCCCGUACGCGCAGCUGCUGCCGCUCAGCACGAAGGACUCGGCGGCCGCGGUGCCGCACCUCGCCUCGCAGCUGCACGUGCUCAAACUGUCCGGCGAGAAAGGUGUAACCGUGUCUGUCAAGAUGGCGCCGCCAGUAGAGACGGGCCACCAUCUGAAACACUACUCCGCGGCGUACAACUCGGAAUAUCUCGUAACGUACGGCGCUGACGGCACUGUCAUACUGCGGACCGCGGAUUGUCCUCAUCACUGUGAUCUACAGCUGAUCGCCUCCCACCGCUACGAGGCUGGCGUGAGACAGGCAGUCGUCGACACUGGAGGCAGCUUCGUGGUCAGCCUCGGCGACAACAGGAGCAUGGCGGUGCACUUCCUGCUCCGUGGUCACGAGCAUGAAACGAAGGAGCUGCGCCACACGCCGCUGGAGCUGAGCAUGUUCGACGAGAACGGCAACACCAUCCAGUUGUUCUAUGAAAAUGACAAAAACUACCUAGAUCUCCAAGAGGACAAGAAGGUGAGGGAGGAAGCGAUGGACUACAAGCGGCAGCGGGAGGAGGUGGUGCGAACGUUUGAGUCCAUCCAGAUGCGCAUGGUGCGUCUGCUGGAGGAGAACCUCGGCGAGCGGCCGCUGCACCAGCUGUCGCUGGCGGAGUUCAACCUGCACAUCGAGCACAAGAAGGAGCGCAUCAAGCAGGCGGAAAAAGAACGCGAGCAGAUCCGCCUGGAGACGGAAGCGCGUAUCCGUGCUCAAGAUCACGUGACGGCGUGGAUCAAGCAGCAAUGCUGGGACACCAUGCUGUGUCCGCGCGUGAAACUCUUCGCUAUAUUCAGCCACUAUCAGGUGGAGAACUACGCAGUGCUGCCGACGCAGCGCGACAAGUGGCCCGAGCUGCAGCAGAUCGAAGCGCUGCGCAGCGUGGAGAUGGAGAACGACGAGGAUCUGUUCAGGCCGUGGGAGGAGCUGACCGCGCACUCCAGCCUGGACGAGUCAAACAAGUUAAGUGCAGUACCAUCAUCGAUGGCUGAGGUACUCAAAAGCGUGGACAGCCAGUUCCUGUCCGAAGUCCCGGACGAGACGUCGGAGGAUGCGGUAGCGGAGCCCUACGUGCUGUCCGGGUCCAACGCGCACCGUUUCAUCGACAUCCCUACCGUCAUGAUCCCGCAGACCAUGGCUUUUAGUUUCUUGCAAAUGGACUGGCUGCAGCAUAUUAUUAAACUCAACGCUCAAAACAUGCGGCUAUGGUUCAAUAAACAGUUCGACGAUUUAAUGAACCAGAAGAAACGCGAAGUCGGUCUUGUGGAAGAUAGAAAUGCACGCCUUCGCUUCAUUAUCGAUGAACUAAACAAGUUAUCAGACUUACGAGGAAGCUUCCACCACCUGGCCAUCCAUAUCCAAGAUCCUGAAUGGGCGCAAGAAGAACAACCGCACAGACUAAUAAAAGUUGAUCCUGAAGAGUGCAGCAUAGAGCCGUACAUCAGCCCCAGCCAGGUGGUGGUCCCGCCGCCGGAGCCGCAGCCCAAGGACGACUUCCGCGAGCGCGCGCUCGUGUACAUGAUGGACGGAGUGCUGGAGAAGCUGUGGCACGAAGAGAUCAAGAAGCCUAUUCCGAUGCCACAGUGCAUGUUGGAGAAAGAACCAGAACAAUUUAACGAGGAAGAUUUACGUUAUGUAUUUGAAUACGAAGCCAAAGUGGCGUUCAGGAACGAAGAGAGAGACAAGUAUAGGAAGAUGUUGCACGCUGAAUACGCCAAAUUAUCCCAAACGCUUAAUGAAGGAAUCGUAAAGUUUAAUCAAAAGGUAAAAGAAAUGUGGCUCACAAAAUUAAAAGUGGAUUCCGUGAUUGGGCAAGAAAAUUUAAAUCUCAUGCGUCUGCGCAGAACGAAUUUGGAUCGUGUAGAAAUGGCUGAAACGUUGGAAAACAUGCGGAAAGACAUAAAGAAGUACGAAGAGGAGCUAGAAGUGCUUCACAAUGAAACACAUUUGAUACAGGAGCAAUACGAGGACUGUCAGGCGACAUACGAGAGUCUGACGACGAAGGACAAAUACCUCGACCGCACCUUCAAGAACCCCUUCGCUGAUCUCUCGCCGAUCAUCGUUGACCAGUGUUACAAGUUUUUUAAGAAACGACCCAAAUGGGUUCAACGCGCUACAAUGAUCCCGGUGGUUCUGUACGAUCUAGCCAACGCCGUGCUUACAGGCGUGAAGCCCCCACUUCUGCACGUGGACUGCAUCGAUUACUUCAAGGGUAUUGAACAACUCGACCAGAUCAGCAACAUGCCGCCCGUGAUGGACGAAGGACUGUGGGUCAGCAUGUGCAAACUUAGACGCGGUAAAAUCGAGAACGAAAUAAGAAUGCGUGCAGUGGCCCAAGAGGUGUCGUACGUGGAGACGGCGGGCAUCGCCUGGCGCGCGGCCGCCGCGGCGCGUCGCCAGCGCCUCGCCGCCACCAACGAGCUGAUCCUGCACCACAGGGACAAGGUGGAACUGGCUGCCAGGAACAAGACCAUACAGCUAGUGCUACCGGCAGGGCAAGUGGAAAUAAUAACAACGGGUCACAUCAGCGACUUUGAAGACGCGACGCUCAUUCCGACCGAAGAAAUUGAAAAAGUCAAUCAAGUUAUACUCCGCGUGGGCGAGUUGAAGCUGCGCAUGAUGCGCAAGCAGGUGGAGUUCCGGAAGGGCAUCCUGUCCAAGGAGUGGGAGCACGCGCAGAUGAAGAUGAAGCUGAGACAUUUGGAGCAGGAGCUGUACUCCUACCAACGGCUGAAGAUACCUAAGGAGUUACAAAGCUAUUUGAAGAACAAAGAGCUGGGUUACACAGACGAGCAGGAAUACGCAAAAAUGGAGAAAGAGAUGGAAGCCUCCAAGGUGUCUGUCAAUAAAAUAUUGAAUGACCAGAUCAAAAAUGUUGAAGAAGUGGAGCUGAAAAUCGAUGCGAUAGAAACGAAAGCACAAGAGUUGGAGAAGAUGAUAGUGGCGCUCAAUGUGAAAGUAUCAGAGAAGAGACUGAACGAGGAUCCUUUGGAACCCAUACGCAUUCGACGCAUAUUUAAGAAACGUAUGGAAACGCUAGUGAUGCGCAGCCAGUUGAUCCGCGAGGUGCAAGCCAACCACACGCGCAUCGUGCUGCUGCAGACCGAGCUGGAACUGCUGCGGCUCAAGACCUACCCCACGCUCGCCUCCUUCCGCACCAUCACGUAGCACUUCACGGAAGCAAAUCCAACAAAACUCGAGGAAAAAUUAGUGCCAUCUAUGAGUGUCAGGCGUAACUGGGUCGCAAUGGGGUUUUGGAAUACAAAAAGGGAUUGUUUCAAAGUUCUCUAAGAACGCCAUCUACUGCUAGCUUAAAAUGACAAACACUGUUUUACUAUGUCUGUAGAAUGUAGAUGGCAGCACGCGUCUUUAAAGCCUCGAUUACACUUUCGUAACGCAUUCACAAACUGACUGACUCAUUAAAUGUAUUGUAAGCUCACAGUAGGUACUAGGGUAAAUUACUACGAUCAUUAGUAAAUUAUUCUCUAUUUUUAUCGUCAGUUGGGUUUUAUUUUUAUUAAUGAACAAAAAAAAAAUAUUUUCUCUUUUUAUGGAGAAUUUACUGUAACGCCAAUAAUAUCAUCGUCUUAAAUAUUAUUUUUGAUCUCAUUAUAAUGCUUAUUUACGCAUGUGAAUUCAUGUGUUAAUGUAUUUCGAUCAUUGUUAAUGUCGAUUUCAUUUUACAAUUUUUACUCUUCACAGGAAUAUUAGGUAAGGAUUUAAUUAGUGCAUAGAAAAAAAAUAAAAAGAAGUAAAAAUGCAA